AUAAAUCGAGUCUCUUUAGCCCCCUCCCCUUCACCGUUCCGUCUCUCUCUCUCUCACGCUCUCUCCGGUUCUGUAUUCGUCUCGCUGGUGUUCUAGUCUUUGGUGUCCCUUCUCCUUUUUGGGUUGUUGUUCAUCGCUUCCGAGCUUUUCAAUUGAUCAUCUUCUUCACCGUUUCCGUCGUGUGUAUUUGGUUUCUCCUGGAGUCUUUCGACAUUCUUCAUUAUUCUCAUCUGGUGUUGCUCCCACGAUUUAGGUUAAUUGAUGAAUAGCAACCAUGGAGGACCUUCAUGGAAGCAAUGCUCGACUGCACAUUGGAGAAGCUCAAGAUCCAAUGCAUGUGCAAUAUGAACAUCAUGCUUUGCAUCACAUCCACAAUGGAAGCGGCAUGGUUGAUAACCAUGCUGAUGGUGGCAAUGCUGGUGGGAUGAGUGAGGGAGUGGAAGCAGACAUUCCUUCUCACCCGGGAAAUAUAACAGACAAUCGUGGUGAAGUAGUCGACCGUGGUAGUGAACAAGGAGAUCAAUUGACACUGUCUUUUCAGGGCCAAGUCUACGUUUUUGACAGUGUGUUGCCUGAAAAGGUUCAAGCCGUGCUUCUAUUAUUGGGUGGACGAGAAUUACCUCAAGCACCCCCUACAAGCCUAGGAUCAGCUCAUCAGAACAAUAGGGCAUUGGGUUUACCUGGUACUCCUCAAAGGUUUAGUAUUCCACAGCGGUUAGCUUCUUUGGUUAGAUUUCGAGAGAAGCGAAAAGGUAGGAAUUUUGAUAAGAAGAUUCGGUAUACAGUCCGCAAGGAAGUUGCUUUGAGGAUGCAACGCAAUAAAGGACAGUUCACAUCUGCUAAGUCGAACAAUGAUGAAGCUGCAUCGGCUGGAUCUAGCUGGGGGUCUAAUCAAACCUGGGCUAUAGAAGGUAGCGAGGCGCAGAAUCAAGAGAUCUCAUGCCGGCACUGUGGAAUCGGCGAGAAGUCAACUCCAAUGAUGCGGCGUGGACCUGCAGGGCCUAGAACACUUUGCAAUGCAUGUGGACUUAUGUGGGCAAACAAGGGUGCCCUUAGGGACUUAUCCAAAGGCGCUUCUCCCCAAACACCCCAAAAUGUUCCUUUAAAUAAGAACGAGAUAAGCAAGACAAACUUUUGAGCCUAUUGAGGUUACCCGGAUUUGAGUAGUCACUUAUGUAAUCGGCUUAUUGUAUUGCACUGCGAUGAUUGCUUAUCUUAUGAUAUUGAAAUGCUGCAUAGGCCGUUGUUGCAUUGUUGGUCCAUAGACUGUCUGAACUCUGAUGUAAUGUUGAAGACUCUGUUUUAUCUUUAUGAGACAACUAACACUAUUUAAUAUC